GCCCGACGCAGGUCCUUUGGAGUCAAAUCGAUGGAUUGCCUUUGGGCUCGAAUGGCCUCGUCGAGGUCCGCCAUUGAGUCUGUCUCCCAAUACCGAUCAGCGAGGAGGAUUCCGAGAUGAGCCAACUGUUUUGCUCGAUGUGCGUGGUCUCCUGGCGUUGUGUCGACCCUCAGUCUAGCAGCUCGAACAGCCUCGUCAAGGUCGUCCAUCGUGGUCUCGGCGUGGAAAGGGCGCGCAAAAGUCAAACGAAAAUGAAAUUGAGGCGUGUUCAGACAGAACUCAGUUUGGGAAGCGCGCGGCAGCGGUGCUAGGCAAGUAGCAAAAUG